UUCAGGCGCAUAUCUCUCGCCGUGAUGGAGCCAGGCGGAGUAUUCCGUCACCGGAGAACUCCGUCGUCCGAUCGAUUCCUCGACGUCCGCUCUCUAUCUCAACCGAAAACCGCAGCCGGUGUCGGCGGUGGCGACGAGCUCGACGAGGACGACAUCUUCUGGACUGGCGAUUUCACCGUUUCGAAUCUCCGCUCCGACUCUACCUCCGCCGCUGGCACUGAUCAGGAGCGCCGCCGACGUUAUCGCGGGAUCCCGCAGGCGGAGAAAUCUGGCAUCCUGGCCGCAUUGCCGGACGAUGACCGGGAUGGGAUUCUGAGAGGUCGCCCGAUCUUGUGUCGCAAAGCUUCAAUUUCAUCAUCGUCGUCAUCGUUCUCAUCGUCGUCGCUCUCGUCAUCGUCAUCAUCAUCAAGGAUGAUUCCUUCCAUGCCAAAAGCCUCUCCAAGGACGCACGAGAGAGUGAGCACUGAGUUGUCUCAGUCGAUGCCUUCUCAGAAGUUCCAUCAGUCGGCUCCGAUGAAGGUGCCAGUGCUGUCAAAGGUCAUGGAAGCGAGCAAAAUAAGGAGCAGCGUGCUUGUAGAAGUGGAUGGUGAGGAUGAAGAGGACGAGAUGCUGCCGCCGCACGAGAUUGUCGCCAGGGGAUCGAAUCGAUCGCCGAAGACAACAUGUUCAGUUCUUGAGGGCGUCGGGAGGACGUUAAAGGGGAGGGAUCUGCGUCAGGUUCGGAAUGCUGUGUGGCGACAAACAGGUGAUGCAUUGAUCUCUUGGAAUAGUAAGAAGCAAGAUAGAGUUUCUAAGUCAUCGACGGAAUCUGAAUAUCGGAUAAUACGAGUGCUAUCCAGAUCACAGCCAAUCCUAUCUAUCAUGAGCGCACGAAGCAUAUUGAAGUCGAUUGUCACUUUAUCCAUGAAGCCUUUGAAGCUCGUGUUAUCACUCUUCCACAGAUUUCCAUGGAAUUACAAAUUGCGGAUAUCUUCACCAAGGCUUUCACUCGUCAUCGACAUUGCUUCCUAAGUAGUAAAUUGAUGCUUGUUGAUCAACCCACAUCAAUAUGAGGGUGGCUGUCAACAGAACAGCAAACAGCAAAGCAAAAGAUUUCUUUCCUUACUUCAACCCACAUUUAUUUUAUUAUAUUUCAAUUCAUUAUUUUGUACAAUUAGCAUAUAUUUAGUUUACAUAUAUAGGGCUUGAAAGAUGAUAGUUUACUUGUAUAGGGCUAGAAUCAUGCUAGACCUUAUUUACUUUCCAUGUAUAGUAUUCUUGUAAAGUUUAUAUAUAAUAUACAGAACUCAAGGCCAACUCAUUCGGCCAUUCACAAAA